AUGGCCAGACCAUUGAUUCUGCCGUUGCAAUGGCCCCAAUUACAUCAAGCUCUCUCUCCAAAAGCGCACGCUUUACGUUACCACGGCGCGCAAGCUUGCACCGCUCGAGCUAUCACCAAUGGCAACACAACCACAUUGAAACGACCCUUCCACACCACUCAAACACGAUCAGCUCUCGGGCGUUCAUCCCAAGCACCAUCUAUUCGAAAACAAGAGAGGAGGGGGACAAGAGUGGUACCCGAGAAUGUGUUGGUAGCCCGAGGUGGAGUGAAACUAGACCGUGAUGGGUUUUGGAAUGGUUAUUGUAUUGCGCAUGUUGAACCAACGUUGGCUGAGUUUAAGCAAUUCACACGCCAACUUUAUGAGACUUACUCUUUCAUGUUACCGCCGGGUGUCAACUUGGCGACGUUCGGAUCCGUGGGUGAACAGUUGAUCAGGCUAUCGCACUCGCAGCGCCCUUCCGCAAGUCUUGUUCGGAGUAUCUCAAUAGAUGUCGAUGCCAUUUAUCGAAUCGCGCUCAUUCUUGCCGAGCUUCAAAAAGGCCAGUUCAUCUAUCAAUGGGCGUUGACCAGCUGCGCAAAAGCGCAUUCGCGCCGAGCCCUUGUCGACCUCGUGAACCGGUAUAUCAGCACGGACGGUGUGGACAUUUACCAGAACACCGAGUGCAUAGCGCAGGUCAAAGACUUGGCUCUCAACGACGAAUUCCCUCAUGCGAUUAUGCUAUAUGCCAAACUGCUCAUCUGGCGCGGUGAGAACGGACAAGCCGCCCGGCUUCUAGAACAGAAGAUUCUACCAUAUUUGCAACCCACGACCAAACACCCUCCCCUUUGGGAGGAUAUAAGGUUAUCGGACAACUUCGAUUCUCCCUGGCGGAUGUACGCUGUUGCUGUUGAGAAGGAACAGGGUCUAGAGGGCAUCCAGAAGGCCACGCAGCGAGCAGCCCUGGAGUUCCACGACCCAGUCGCCUUGACUGACUUUGCCAUCUCCGUGUUGGAAACUGAGGCCCCCAACAAAUACGAGGCGUACGAGGCGUACAUGGCUGCUGCUGCGUUGGCGGGACACGCUCCGGCCUGCUUUCACCUUGCCAAUUUAUAUUACCGCACCUUUCAAGGCGAAUUUACCACCGAAGCAGAGAGAGUCGCCAAGAAGAGGGAAGUGGCCAAUGCCGCGCGCAGCGCCUGGUUGAGACGCUUCGAGCCUAUAGCAAGUUGGGUUCAUACGCUGUUCAACCAACCCAUGGAUCACAAGACAUACCGCAUGCUCGCGAUGGAUUGGUACGAGCUUGCUUUUGAUCAGGGAAACAGUGAGGCUGGGUAUAUCCUGGCCAUGCUCUUUCGAGAGGAUGGCGAUAUGGAGAAAAGCCGUGAGGUGUACAAGAUUACUGCUGAACAGGGUCUUCCGACCAAUUUGUCAAAGAGAGGCCUGUUGGAGAUGAGGGAUAAAUGGGAAGACCGGACCUUCAACCCUGGUCUGCCUCCUAAGCUUUUGAGGCUUGCUUAG